GAGCUGCUCCAGUCACUCAGUCUGUCGGUGGAUGAAGGUGUUGGACUUUUUUUCUUUCUUUCCUCCUGGUUUUUUUGUUCUCUUCAGGUGCGCACACACAUACGCGCACACACGGGUGCCGAGCGGUGCGCUGCUGCUAACGGGAUGAAGAUGAAGAGUUACCGGAUUAGCGGAGUUUCCUCGCUGCUGAUGGCUUUAUUCCUGCAGAACACAACACUAGCAGCAGCCAAUCCCAUCGAUGUGCUGAAGGUUUUGGACCUAUCAGAGUCCAUGGAGGGUGUGUCUUUGGAGGCGGGGCUCUGCAGCAGUAGGCGGGGUUCAGAGGAGGCCGAUCUGGCUUAUAAGAUUGACAAGAAAAUCCAAGUUAGUGUGCCAACCAGCCAGCUCUUCCCAGACUCUGAGUUCCCGGUGGACUUCUCGGUGCUGCUGACGGUGCGAGCGCGGCGCGGGGCUCAGUGUUUCCUGCUGUCGGUGUAUGACAGCGAGGGCGUUCAGCAGCUGGGUGUGGAGCUGGGUCGAUCACCUGUAUUCCUCUAUGAGGACCAGAGCGGACGACCCAGCCCUGACCUCUACCCCAUCUUCAAGAAGAUCAAUCUGGCGGACGGCAAGUGGCACCGCGUGGCGUACAGUGUGGAGGGUCAGAAGGUCACGCUGUACCUAGACUGUCAGAAGGUGGCGACUCUUGACCUGCCCAGGGGCCCGGAGCCGAAGGUCAGCACUGCAGGAGUGACGGUGUUCGGGACCAGACUGCUGGAUGAGGAGGUGUUCGAGGGUGAGAUCCAGCAGUUGUUAAUCUCUCCAGACCCCGGAGCUGCUGCUGAUUACUGCCACACCCACAUUCCUGACUGUGACUCCGCCCUCACCUACAACAGCCUAUCACUAGACCCUGUGGAGGUCAACAGGCCGCAGAGGAAGCCUGUGGAGGAGGAGUUUGAGGAUGACCUCUACAGUGACCUCUACAGUGACCUGCCCAAUGCAGACCAGAACAGCACUGAGUAUGAGUUGUUGGAGUAUGAGGACUCAGAGAACGGGACGGAGUAUGUGAAGGAGUACACUGAGUAUGAUGAGUAUGUGGAGUACGAGUACCGGCCCGCAGAGAGACAGGACCAGCACUUCAGCAGCCAGUCUCGUGGCCCAGAGAAAGGAGAGAAGGGUGAGCCGGCAGUGCUGGGUGAGGGAACCAUGGUAACGGGACCCCCGGGUCUUCCUGGUGUUGAGGGGCCGCAGGGGGAGCGUGGCCCGACGGGACCCCCAGGACGAAUAGGAGAUCCAGGAGACCCUGGUCCUGAGGGCCGGCAAGGGUUAGCAGGGGCUGAUGGGAUACCGGGUCCUCCAGGAAACCUGCUGAUGCUACCGUUUCAGUCUGGUGGUGAUGCUCGUCUGGGUCCUGUAAUCUCAGCUCAAGAAGCUCAGGCUCAAGCUAUCCUGCAGCACACUAAGCUGUCUCUGAAGGGGCCGCCAGGACCGCUGGGACUAACCGGACGUCCGGGACCACUGGGCUCUCCGGGGCCGCGGGGUCUGAAGGGGGAUCAUGGACUCACAGGACCGCCGGGUCCCCGAGGUGUGCUGGGGGCUCCAGGACAGAACGGGAAACCAGGCAAGAGGGGUCGUGGUGGGAUGGAUGGAGGCAGAGGUGAGCCUGGAGAGACUGGAGUGAAGGGGGACAGAGGCUUUGAUGGUUUACCAGGUCUGCCCGGAAACAAGGGUCACCGGGGAGAUACAGGCAAGAAAGGGCCAGUCGGACCCCCAGGAGCCCCUGGAGAAAAAGGUUCUGAUGGUCAGCCGGGGCCGAGAGGUCAAUCAGGAGAACCUGGUCUGGCGGGGCUGACGGGUCAGAGGGGUCUUCCAGGUCCUCCAGGACAGCAGGGUAUUCGUGGGAUUGAUGGCGUUCAGGGCUCAAAGGGGAACCUGGGGCCGCCUGGAGAACCUGGAGCUCCAGGACAGCAGGGGAACCCAGGAUUCCAGGGAUUUCCUGGACCUCAAGGGCCAGUCGGAGUGCCAGGAGAAAAGGGGCCGCAGGGGAAGAAGGGAAUGAAGGGUCUGCCUGGAGUGGACGGGCCCCCGGGCCAUCCAGGACGAGAGGGGCCGCCAGGGGAAAAGGGUCUACCGGGUGCAGCAGGAGUUCAAGGACCUGUGGGAUAUCCUGGAGCCAGAGGAGUCAAAGGUGCUGAUGGGCUCAGAGGACUGAAGGGCAGUAAAGGAGAGAAGGGUGAAGACGGAUUUCCUGGAGCCAAAGGAGAAAUGGGAGCUAAAGGAGACAAUGGGGACGCGGGGGCCCAGGGCAUGCGUGGUGAGGACGGUCCUGAGGGCCCCAAAGGCCAGAGUGGCCCUCUGGGUGAACCUGGACCCGCAGGCAUCGCCGGAGAAAAGGGGAAGCUGGGGGUCCCGGGUCUGCCUGGUUAUCCAGGACGUCAGGGCCAGAAGGGUGGCGAUGGUUUUCCUGGAGCUGUCGGAGUUCCUGGAGAAAAAGGAAAGAAGGGUCCACCGGGUCCUGCAGGGGCCGCAGGUCAGAGGGGCCCCAAUGGUGCUCGAGGAGCCAGAGGUGCACGAGGACCCACCGGUAAAUCAGGAGACAAGGGGACUUCAGGACACGAUGGCCCUCCGGGGUCCACAGGAGACAGAGGUCCACAAGGGCCUCAGGGACGUGUUGGAGAGAUGGGCCCCAAAGGACCGAAUGGGCCCGCAGGGAAGGACGGGCUGCCGGGUCAUCCAGGCCAGCGGGGGGAGCCGGGUUUCCAAGGCAAGACGGGUCCUCCAGGGCCAACCGGUGUCGUUGGUCCUCAGGGUAAUACAGGAGAAACUGGACCGAUGGGGGAACGAGGACACCCGGGAUCCCCAGGACCUGCUGGAGAGCAAGGUUUACCUGGAGCCGCAGGGAAGGAGGGUUCAAAGGGGGAUCCUGGAGGUCAAGGCACUUCCGGGAAGAACGGUCCCACAGGUCUGAAGGGCUUCCGUGGCAGUCGUGGAGCACCGGGUGCCAUGGGGCCAGUUGGAUUAAAGGGAGGGACGGGGCCAAUCGGGCCCCCAGGACCUGCUGGGCCCACAGGUGAACGAGGACCCCCUGGAUUGGCUGGUGCCAUUGGUCAGCCCGGUCGACCUGGAACCAGCGGAGGGCCCGGACCAAUGGGAGAGAAGGGAGAGCCAGGAGACAAAGGUCUGAUCGGACCUGCAGGACAGGAUGGUGAGCAGGGGCCUGUGGGACUACCAGGAGCAGCCGGCCCUCCAGGACCCCCAGGAGAGGAUGGAGACAAGGGGGAAACUGGAGCUCCAGGACAGAAAGGCAGCAAAGGAGACAAAGGAGAAUCAGGGCCUCCAGGUCCAGUCGGCUCUCAGGGGCCUGAGGGGCAGCCAGGAGCGCCGGGUGUGGAUGGUGAGGUUGGGCCUACAGGACAGCAGGGCAUGUACGGACAGAAAGGAGACGAAGGGGCCCGAGGAUUCAAGGGCUCCAGGGGCCCGGGGGGACUGCAGGGAAUGCCUGGUCCUCCUGGAGAGAAAGGAGAGAGCGGGAACUCUGGUCUGCUGGGUCCUCCUGGUCAGUUUGGUCCUAGAGGAGCUCAGGGGCCCUCUGGUGGACAGGGUCCUCCUGGACGUCCUGGAGUGCGAGGUCAGCCCGGUGGAGUCGGUGAGAAGGGGGAAGAUGGCGAGUCUGGUGAUCCUGGAGCAGUUGGUGUUUCUGGCAGCGCAGGGGAGAAGGGUGAGCAGGGGGAGAAAGGAGACACUGGACCCCCCGGAGCUGCUGGCUCAGCAGGAGCCCGAGGAGCCUCUGGAGAAGACGGAGCGAAGGGCAAUGGGGGCCCCAUUGGUCUUCCUGGAGACAUGGGCGCUCCUGGAGAGCCGGGUGUAAACGGCAUCGACGGGACUGCUGGAUCUAAAGGAGAUGCUGGAGAUCCGGGGAAACCUGGCCCUCCAGGACCAUUCGGGGAACCAGGACCUCCGGGUAGACCAGGGCGGAGGGGUCACUUGGGUCCUCCUGGGAAAGAAGGGCGGCCGGGGCUGAAGGGAGACAAGGGCGCUCCGGGAUACGAGGGCAUUAUAGGGAAGCCGGGGCCGGUGGGUGGGCAGGGGACCUCUGGGAAGCCGGGUCCUCAAGGUCUUCCAGGAAUCCCAGGACCAGCGGGGGAACAAGGCCUGAACGGACCCCCAGGACAAUCCGGACCCCCCGGGCCGAUGGGCCCAGCUGGACUAGCAGGACUGAAGGGAGAUCCGGGAAAGAAAGGAGAGAAGGGUCAUGGCGGUCUGAUCGGCUUGAUUGGGCCUCCAGGUGAGUUUGGAGAGAAAGGUGAUCGAGGACUGCCAGGAAACCAGGGCCCACAAGGGGCCAAAGGAGACGAGGGCCCAGUUGGACCUGCAGGACUCACUGGACCACCGGGACCGCCAGGACUGUCUGGGUCCAUGGGGCAGAAAGGGUCGAAAGGAAACCAGGGCCCCAUUGGAGCCAGAGGAGACCCCGGCCCUGCAGGACCCCCGGGACCCCCGGGCUCUGCAGCGGUGGGCAUGGCAGCUCCUCCAGCUCUGGGUAAGCGGCGCAGGCAUGUGGAGGUGUCUGUGGACGGAGCGGCGCUGGAGGAAGCCGGCUCACAGGUGGAGCAGCAGAUGGAGGAGGUGCAGACGGAGGAGGUGCAGAUGGAGGAGGUGUUUGCGUCUCUGGCCUCCAUGCGCACUGAUGUGGAGGGUUUGAGGACGCCGCUGGGCUCCUUCCACAGCCCCGCGCGCACAUGCAGAGAGCUGCGGCUCUGCCACCCGGAGUACCCCGACGGUGUGUACUGGAUCGACCCUAACCAGGGCUGCCACAGAGACGCCUUUAAAGUGUUCUGCAACUUCACCGCUGACGGAGAGACGUGUCUGCAGCCACACAGCAGCGUGCAGACGGUGAAAAUGGCUUCAUGGAGCAAAGAGAAGCCCGGAACCUGGUUCAGCACGUUCAAGAAGGGCUCACAGUUCUCCUAUGUGGAUGUGGAUGGAAACCCUGUUCAUGUGGUGCAGCUGGGCUUCCUGAAGCUGUUGAGUGCGACGGCGCGUCAGAGCUUCACGUAUGUGUGUCAGAACUCUGCCGGCUGGCUGGACGGAUCCACGCGCAGCUACACACACGCACUGCGCUUCAGGGGCAGCAACGGAGACGAGCUGACGCAGCGCAACACACACUACAUACAGCCCACGCAUGACGGCUGCCAGUGGCGUUCGGGGCAGGAGCGCACUGUUCUCCAGCUGGAUGCCCCGCUGCCGGAUGUUCUGCCGCUGCUGGACGUCUCGGUGUCGGACUUCGGAAGCUUGAAGCAGAAGUUUGGCUUCAGCGUGGGGCAGGUUUGCUUCAGCGGCUAGUAAACACAGACUGACACAGACCAUCUAUUUAUACCGCAGUCCUCAGCCGCUCAUCCGCUAACAGGAAGCUGAGCGCCAAGGCUGAUCAUGUGACAUGUCCGUUUACCCAAUCAGACCUCUCACAGACUCACAUGUAUUGUGCUGUUGUUUUAAAGAUGUAUUUUUGUAUGUGUGUGUGUGUGUGUGUGUGUGUGUGUGUGUGUGUGUGUGUAUAUCUUGGUGCUACACGAGGCUGUAUUUUAACUUGUUUACAUGAUGUAUUGAGCUCUGUGUGAAGCAGUGCAUUCUGGGAAGAGGCGUCAGUAAGGGUGUAUAGUAUGGAGAUUCCCGAGUGUCUUGUUGAUAAAUAUUGUCUGAAAGGAAAUUUUUAAAUAAACUAUUAUUAAA